CAAAGUUUCCCGGGAGUCUCCUGAACUCUCACUGUUUUAGCCUUUGAAUCUGCAUUUUUAGCCUUCAUUUCGACCGAUUCCUCUGGAUUUACUCUAAUGAUGGAAUAAGGGAGUAAUCAUGGUGGUGAAUUCAGUGCACUGGUUUCGCAAAUGUCUGCGUUUGCACGAUAAUCCUGCGUUGCAAGAGGCCCUGACUGGAGCAGACACAGUGCGUUGUGUUUAUAUCCUGGACCCGUGGUUUGCUGGCGCAGCUAACGUGGGAAUCAACCGAUGGAGGUUUCUGCUGGAGGCUCUGGAGGACUUGGACAGCAGUUUGAAGAAGCUCAACUCCAGGUUGUUUGUAGUCAGAGGGCAGCCCACCGAUGUUUUCCCCAGGCUUAUUAAGGAGUGGAAAGUGACCCGUCUCUCGUUUGAAUACGACCCAGAGCCUUACGGGAAGGAGAGGGAUGGAGCCAUCAUCAAGAUGGCCCAGGAGUUUGGAGUGGAGACCGUUGUCAGAAACUCACACACCCUCUACAACCUGGAUAGGAUAAUAGAGAUGAACAACAACAGUCCUCCGCUCACCUUUAAGCGUUUUCAGACCAUCGUGAGCAGACUGGAGUUGCCCAGGAGACCCCUGCCUCCCAUCACCCAACAGCAGAUGGACAAAUGUCACACCAGAAUAGCUGACAACCAUGACCAGCUAUACAGUAUACCUUCACUGGAAGAACUAGGUUUCAGGACACAGGGUUUACCUCCAGCUGUGUGGAGAGGAGGAGAGUCAGAGGCCUUGGACAGACUCAACAAACAUCUGGACAAAAAGGUGUGGGUGGCAAACUUCGAGCACCCUCGGGGCAACACGUGCUCUCUGUACGCCAGUCCUACCGGCCUCAGCCCGUACCUGCGCUUCGGCUGUCUGUCCUGUAGGGUUCUCUACUACAACCUGAGAGAACUCUACAUGAAGCUCCGUAAGCGCUGCAGUCCACCUCUGUCCCUGUUCGGCCAGCUGUUAUGGAGGGAGUUCUUCUACACCGCCGCCACCAACAACCCAAACUUUGACCGCAUGGAAGCAAACCCCAUCUGUGUCCAGAUCCCGUGGGACCAGAACCCCGAGGCGCUGGCCAAGUGGGCUGAGGGUCGGACCGGUUUCCCCUGGAUCGACGCUAUCAUGACCCAGCUGAGACAGGAGGGCUGGAUCCACCACCUGGCCCGACACGCAGUGGCCUGUUUCCUCACCAGGGGAGACCUGUGGAUCAGCUGGGAGAGCGGCAUGAGGGUGUUUGAGGAGCUGCUGCUGGAUGCUGAUUGGAGUGUAAAUGCUGGCAGCUGGAUGUGGCUGUCCUGCAGUGCCUUCUUCCAACAGUUCUUCCACUGCUACUGUCCUGUCGGCUUUGGAAAGAGAACUGACCCUUCUGGAGACUACAUCAGGCGUUACAUCCCCAUCUUAAAAGACUACCCAAACCGCUACAUCUAUGAGCCCUGGAAUGCACCAGAGGCAAUCCAGAAGGCAGCCAACUGUGUGGUGGGAGUGGAUUACCCCAAACCAAUGAUCAACCACGCUGAGGGCAGCAGGCUCAACAUUGAGAGGAUGAAACAAGUUUACCAGCAACUCUCUCAUUACAGAGGACUCAGUCUACUUGCAUCAGUACCAACGAUCCAGGAGGAAGCAGAGCCACCAAUGACUGAUGAGUCCCAGACUAGCAGUGGACCUGACUCUCCUUGCAAAGAUGCUGCAGACAGUGAAGAUAUUGGCUGCUCUACAGCUCCUGAUUCAUCCACAGUCUGUGCAUCCUCCAACACUGCCCCACAUCCAGGUCUGGAGGAGGCAGCAAGCAGUCACACACCCCAAACAGCCUGCAUCUCCUCAGGCUCACACACACAGCACCCUGCGGCUAUAACCUCUACGUCUGUAGCAGCUCCUCCCUCCCCAGCCUUGACACCAGCCCAGAGCCCUCUGUCAAGAUCCAAGCCCUCCUCCCCUUCCUCCUCAUGUCCCACCAUGUCUUCCUCCUCCAGUCCAGCCACGAGCCUGACUCAGACAUGUCUGGGGCCGAGGAGGAAAAGCUUCACCCGUAAGGCACGACGAAGCCAGAGGCAGCGAGGGCGACAGAGCUGCACUUCAGCUGCCAGGGAAGGAGAGAGGAGAGCCGAGGAGGAGGAGAGGGAGGAAGCAGGAGGGGAGGAGAGAAUGGAGGAGAGAAUGGAGGAGGGCAUUGAGCAAGAUGAAGAAAGGAUGGAGGAGGAGACUUGUGGAUACUUGGCAAGACAUCAGCAGUGAUAAGAGAAGGAGUUGGAGAGAACGCUUUUCUAACAUCCGUCCCGGACUACUAGACACAUAAAGGAACAGAGUUCUGGAUAUGUGGACAACAUAAAUAUAUAUAGAAGCAUGUAUACAACACAUGUGGAAGCAGUACAAAAGCCUUUUACUCACAUUUACUCAAAUCAGAAAAAUUGGGAAAUAGACAGGCAUUAUAAAAGUAAUUCAAUUCAAAUAAAUUAACCAGUCUGACAUUUUAUCACAGAAGCAGUCCAGAGAGACUAAAUGAUUCAAAACCAUCUUCAUUUUUGAAAAUAUUUAAGACGAGUAAUGAGUAAUUCUCUCAUGUACCGUUCCACCUCUGAGGCACACACACACACAUACACACAGCUAAUAAAGAGCAGCAAAAUACACUGUAGCUCUUACACACCAUACCCACAUUGAAUCCAUACAGCAUAGUGUGGCUGUUAGCAGUAGCACGUCUCUGGUUGUCCUCCUGCUUCUACGACUAUGGCAUCCAUAGAAACAAGGUACUACAGGAGCCUUAACGUCACCUGCCAAAACACACAGUCCUGUCUCCACACACAGACUCUCGCUGUCAUCUGUCGCUCUUUGUUCCAGGAAAGGGAACUCUUCAGAAAGUCCUUUGAUAAAGCAGUGUAUUUUGACUUUUUGCAGUAAUGAUUUUGUAUACCUGUGGUUUCUGACUUUGGAUAUGUUUUGGGUGACAACAGAAUAGAGUGACGGCAUAAACCAACUCAGUGUGGACCCUGAUCAGGCCAAAAACUGACUUGCACUACUAGAGCUUUAGACAGAUUAACUUACCUUCAGAGAACUGUAUUAAACUUCAUUUUAUGGUGUAGCUCCUUUCAAUGUACAGCUUUAGGAGGCACUCAUUUAUAUCCAGAUGGGUGAAUGCUCUUGUUUAUGACUUCUGAAAAAAAAAAAAAAAGGAAGUGGAGGGUUUUUCUGUCCUUGUGACCCUGAUGUUUUUGUUAGACGUUCUCCUGAUUUAACCAAGUUACAACAUAAAAGAACACUAUGAACGAAACUGUACAUGUUAAUAUGUAAAUUCCCAAUUUGAAUGUUUUUGGAAAUGAUCUGAUAUUUUUGCUAGCAGCAAGGAUAAUAAUAAUUGGAACAUUUCUAUAGUCCAAACCCCUGUCUGUUUGAGGAUCACACAUCUAUGAAGGUAUAGCCAUUUACUAAUGGAAACAAUGUCAUGAGGAGGCCAAGAACAGCUUUUAUCUGAGCAUUUUCACAUAUGUGUUUGUAUGUGAACAUAUAUGAGAGAAAUUGAUUUAGAUACUGGGGGGGAUGAAGAAAAGUCCAAGAGACUGAAAUUUUUGCAUUUGCCAUAUUUUUUCUGUGGCAAUUAAAAAUGCUGCUUUUGUGGAAUGAAUGUAGAGAAAAAACUGGCGUGUUGUUCUCCCCAUAUAUUUAUCAGAGUAUAUAAAAUAUGUAAAACCAUAACCUGUCUGUUUUACUAAUGGUCUGAUAGAGGUGGUGAGGAGGGGCGUUUCACAAAAGGCUUCUUUUUCUUUCUGGAUGUUUCUUACCAAAGGCAGCCACUAGAGGGCAGUAGAUACAGCAAAAACUAUUAAGUUGGUAAGUUUGUUGGAAAUAUUCCACUUUAAUAAAACUCUAAACUCUGCCUUUUAUUUUCUCAAUUCACAGACAAAUAUUUUUUUUUCUGUUAGAUGUAAUUUAAAAAAAAUAAAAUAAAAUUGAAAUAAGCACAUUAUUAUUUCUUAGUCAAAGAUGACAUCUUCAGUGUCCAACCAACAGUACAAAAAACAAAGGCAUUCAGUUUACUAUCAUAUAAAAGAGAAAAGCUGGAACCAGUAACUUUUCAGAGGCACUAUUACCUGAGAAAUUACCUGAACAAUUAUUUAAUUGUUAAAAAACAAAAUAGUUGCAGAUGAAUUUUCUGUUGGCAUCAUUAUUCCAUGACGUCAUUUCAGAAGUUUACCAAUGAAUUUAACGAUUGCUGUUACAUAAAUUCAAAGAAAACUGUCUUAAUUCAACAAUAUUUAUUUACUUUAUUAAACCAAUAGUCAGAAACAUUAGCUGGCAGCGGAUUAUAGUGAUUUCAUACUUUUGGAAUACAAGAAGUUGCUUGAAUUCCUAUUAAGGUUCCAAACAUGAAUCAAACCAGCAAGGUCCGAUUAUUCCUGGAAUAAACACAUAUUUUACUUUGAAAGUUUUCUAGUAGAAUUCAGAUCAAAGGGUUGUUAUCACUGAGGCAGUUUCAUCCUCUCAACUUUUGUUUUAACCUCAACUUUUGACUCGCUUCAAACCAAAAGUAGACGCUAAGAAACAACAGAAAUCAGAUUUUUAUAGCCUGGUUUUGUGAAACCCCCUGAGUGUGGAUGGGUCGGAGUUUCCCAGGAGAGGGAUGAUAGAUUGUUAUGAGACAAACUUCACAGCCUGAGCAGGUGUCAUACUGUUAGUGGUCAAGACGAGUGGGAACUAUGAAGUGUGCAUCCUCAAAGGUAAAACUACAAACCGGUUCAUGAAAUCUGAGAGGAGCUACUCCUCAGUCAAAGCUCACAGUUCCCACUUACCCUGAACACAACACAACGCUUGUAUUUUGCUGUACAUUCCAACUAACCAGUGUAAUGCUCUGCAGGGCUGGAGGUCUGUCUAAGGACUGUGGGCUACAUGGCUAUUUAUUUGUUUUGUAUUGUACAAAAAGAGUUUAUUUUCAUUAAAAUUGCUGAUGGAAUUGUGAUUGACAGAG